GUCAUAGGAGUAAGGGAAGCGUAAUAUAUUCAAAAUAGGGAAUACAAGUUUGAGAAAACUAUUUAAAUUUAUCCGCGCGUCAUUUGAAAAUUUACGACUGAUGGCAGCGGCUAGUUCGGGCGAAAGCUACUAUUGUCAUGUUUGUGAAACUGAAGUUGUUCCAAAUUUGCAGGAUUAUACAUGUUCAGCCUGUCAUUCUGGUUUCAUUGAGGUGGUUAGCCCAGGGAGUGGUUUGACAUCGGACCCCACGGAACUAGAAGCAUUUCAGAUUAUACGACAGCUAUGGGGUGGUCCUCUAGCGGAUAAUUUUGUACGGUAUCUUACAACGUCAAGAGAGGACGGAAGCUCUACAGACGAAGAAAUGUUGGAGCGAGAAACUAUAGUUAGGCGACCACGCCGUUCAGCGAGGAAUUCGAAUCAAAGGUCGACGCGUGUACAUGUGUAUACUCGCGACUCUGAUGCUCGUCACGUUAUGCCAGCUCGAAUUCAUCUGGAUCCUCCCUUCCGAAUACCAUUCCCUGCCAACCUAGGAUCAGUGGCUGGAGAGAUGCAAAAUUUUGUUUUCAACAGAGCUAUGUUUGAUCAAUUCAUCACUGUAUUAAUGAAUGAAUUACAAGUUGGCCCACCACCGGCUACUGAAUCAGCUAUUGCCGAUCUACCGGUGAAUGUAUUGACUGAAGAACAAGCAUUGAAACUGGGUGUCUGUUCUAUAUGCUUUGAUGAUUUCAAAGAAUCAGAAUCAACAAUCAAACUACCAUGCAGUCAUAUUUAUCAUCAAACAUGUGUUACAACAUGGUUAAAACAGCACGGAACUUGUCCAGUUUGUCGAAAAGAUUUAGCUGGACAUGAUACAUCACGUUUUGAAGAUCCACCUCCGAAUGUAAAUGGUUCAAGUUCUUCCAAUUCCUAGUCCCUCACCUCGUCGUCCUCCUCCCUCCUUGCCCCCCCCCAAGCCAAUCGUCUCUAUUUUAUUUCCUUUGUUUUUGAUUAUUCUUUUAUUUUAAAUCCUACCACACAUCACCAGUCUAUAAACUUGUUCUUACUUUUUUGUUUCUUUUCAGCACACACGUGCGUGUGUGUGUGUGUACGUGAAAUGACAGCAGCAACACACUUCUGAACAAUAUUCAGCCUAUAACAUUUGUCAGCACAGUGCUGUAUAGUUUAUUCGUCUCAUAUUCUUUCCCCCCUUUUUUUCUUAUCCUGUUCUGCUUUGUAGAGAGUAUGUCUCAGAGCAUGUAUGUCGUUUGGUGUGUGUAGAGAGAGAGAGACAGACAGAGAGGGAAGGAGUCAGUCCUUUCCUAAUUUAUCCUUGUCUUGCCUUUUCUAUGAACUUGACUUUCUUUUUCUUCAUCUUUUGUACUAGAGAUUUUUCUUGUUUUUUUAUCUAGAUUAUUCACAUCAUCUCAUUUGUGUGUGUGUGAGUGUGUGUUUUACUGGUUCACCAGCAACUUCAGAAUUGACAAAUCGAGUAAGAUUGUUUUCAUCAAUAUGACAUCAUCAAUUAUUAUUAUAAUUCUUCUUUCUUUUAAGUCUAUCUUUGUGAUUUGUUUACCUUCUUCCUUUUUAUUGUUAUAUUCCCCUAUUGUUGUUAAAAAUUAUAUACAUAUAUAUAUUAUAUAUAAACGUAUAUAUUCAGAUGCUUGUGAAUUGGAAGACCGAUUGAUUGCUGCGUUGAAAUGGGAGUAUAAACGAUAUAUAUAUAUAUAUAUAUAGCCUUACGUUCAGAACAGUGGUGUGUUCUUUGUUUAUUUCUACACUUGUAUUGUAGUCAUAUGUGUCAUUAUUCAAAAGAAACGAAAUAUUAUCUCUUUUAGAAAGACAAA